AUGACAGAAAAAGUAAUCGAAGUCAAACACGUUAGCAAAAGAUACGGCGACAAAACCGUUUUAAAUAAUGUUUCCUUUUCUGUCCGCAAAGGAACUAUUCACGGAUUUAUUGGUCCCAAUGGAGCGGGCAAAACAACUACUCUCAGUAUUUUAACUCGUUUGGUCUUGCCAACCCACGGUGAGGCUUAUAUUGAUAAUAAAUCAGUUAACCGCGACCCCAGUUUUAAUCAACGACUAGGUUUUAUUCCGGCUGAGCCAAAAUUUCCUAGCCUGAGUGUUGAAAAUUAUUUAUUAGAUUGUGGUUAUUUGCGGGAUAUUCCCAAGGAGGACUUAUUUAACAACCUAAAAACUAUUCGUGAUAAAGGCGGAACCAUUUUAAUGUCGACUCAUAUUCUUUCUGAUUUACAAAAAUUAGCCGAUGAUAUUACGAUGAUUAAAAGAGGAAGAAUUGUUUAUAGUGGGGCGAAAACACCUGAUAUUGAAAAAACUUAUGAAGAUUACUUUAUUGAAAAAGUGUUGGGUAAAAUGUUUUCUGAGCAAGCUGGUUCUGAAGAAGAACGAGCAGAGUUAGAAGAAGAGAACAAGUUCUCAAAUGUAGCAGGAGAAUUUUUUGGCAAUGAGUUUAAACUUAGAAGAGGAGAAAAAGAAAAGAAAAAAUAUAUUGAAUUAGCACACGUAAAGGCUAGGGGUUUUUUGAUGAAAGAGGCAAAAAAUAAAGAAAAAGGAAAAUCGGAAGAGGGGAACAAAAGGAGAGAUAGAGAAACAGCGAGUUCAAUGGAAAAAAUGUAUACCCAUAUGUUUGAUUCUGCUAAUUUUUUUGGUCUUUCGUUCCCUUUCACAGCCGACAAUGUUUUCUUUUUCCAGCAGACGGACGGGACGGGUUACGGAUUUCCUAAACAAAAUUAUACUGAAGGAAAGGCCUUUUGGAAAUUGCUUUUUGAUAUUGCUUGGUGA